UGUUGGUGCAGGUACGGCUUCAUCACGCCCAUCUUCCUGGUGAUCACCAUCGUGGCCAACACGCUGAUCGUGGUGGUGCUGUCCAAGCGUCACAUGCGCACCUCCACCAACGCCGUGCUCAUGGCCAUGGCGCUGUCCGACAUGUUCACGCUGCUCUUCCCCGCCCCCUGGCUCUUCUACAUGUACACGUUCGGCAACCACUACAAGCCUCUGUCCCCCGUCAGCGCCUGCUUCGCGUGGACCGCCAUGAGCGAGGUGGGUGUGCCCGCGCGGUGGAGGCGGUUGCCAUGGAUCCCCCCAUGACCUGAAACAACACCACGGGCCUGAAGGAGUCGUUCAAAUAGCACACUGUAAAAAUUUGUUGUUAAAAAACAGCUCAGUUGUUGACCAACAGCUCAGUUGUUGACCAACAGCUCAGUUGUUCGAGAACAACAGAAGUUGUUGAAAAACAACUACGUUUGUUGUCAACACUGUUAUUCAACGAAUGUGACGUCACAUUCGUUUCAAU